AUGGGGAAACAAUCUCAAGCUGUACCAGUUCGAAAGAAUUCUGUCCGAGCAGCCGCUGCAAAAAUUCAAAAGAAAGCUCAAGUGGCCAAGGCAAAUAAGUCUUCUCGUCCUUCAAAGCCUCAAUUGAAGACCGCACCAAAGCUUUUGCCAAAGUCAGAACUUGGCCCUCGCUUUCAAUCCCGCCACAAGGGUGGUCGAGGUGUGCUUCCACCUUCUACUGCUGCAAUGGGAGGUGCAUUAAAAUUCUCUGUCAAAGCUCACGAAGACAGUUAUUUCAUGCCAUUGGUUGGGAUUUUUAUUUAG